AUGUCGGACUAUCCUCAAGUCCUACUCUUCGACAUAGGCGGCGUCUGCGUGCGUAAGAACAGCUGCGCGGAGGUUUGGAAUGGCAAGCGAAUAUACUCUAACAGCUCCCAGGUCGUCUCACCAUUUCAGGCUAUUCUUGAUUACGAAAAGUCCAAAGGCAUACCGCUAGGAUACAUCAACCACGCCAUCUCCGCAUCAGGACCCACCGGCGCCUGGUCCAAGAUCGAACGCGGCGACAUCCUCCUCGACGCCGAAUUCUUCCGCCUCUUCAAAGCAGACCUCUCCAAUGAGAAGCGCUGGCGCGAAUACUACGCUCGUUCAAUCGCCAAAACUCGCAAUGUGAGCAAAGGACAAGCUGCAGAAGAAGCAGCAUACCAAGUCCCACCAGUCCCAGAAAUCGAUGUCGAAUGGCUGUACUGGCGAAUGAUGACAGUCGCUCGAGAGCCCGACCCGUACAUGUGGCCGGCUCUGCAAAAGUUACGGAAAGCCGCAGAUGGAGAUCGCAAAGGAAAAUUGAUACUGGGUGCAUUGAGUAAUACAUCAAUUUUCCCGCCUGGACAUCCGCUCACGGAUGAGACUACGCCGGAGGGCAAACAGAAUAAGGAAUUGAAAGGCGUGUUUGACAUUUUUGUUAGCUCCGCACAUGUUGGGUUGAGGAAACCUGAUGAGGAGAUUUACAAAUAUGCGAUUACGAGAUUACAUGAGCAUGUCAAAUUGAAUGAGCUUGGGAAGGGCGUGAGACCACAAGACAUUACCUUCUUUGACGAUAUUGGGACGAAUUUGAGGACGGCGAAGAAGCUUGGUAUGAAGACUGUGAAGGUGCAAUUGGGCAGAGCAGAUUUGGCUGUUAAAGAAUUGGAAAAGAUUACGGGGUUGUCAUUACUGGAAGGUAAAUCGAAGCUGUGA